AUGGAAGAGGCAAGGGCAGUUUUGGAUGGGCUUGAGAACGCUCGUUUUUCCAUCGACAACAAUGGGAGAACGACGACGCAGUUAUCGUGCACGUUUCAUGUCGACUGCGCUGCGGUGGUACGGAUCAAAUGCAACAAAGAUGAGCAGUAUGUUUUAUCCAGAAGUGGGAUGCACACUACUGAGCCAGCCCCCGUUGAAGAGCAGCGAACCGGUAUUCACAAGCCGCUGCUGCCGGAGAUCGACAAUUUGUUGCUCGGAGGCCAUGGACCCAAAAAGUGUUUGAACACGCUUCGCAUGAGAUACAAGGAGUCGCCUGAACAGCUCAACUUGCUGCCAAGCACCAGCCAGCUCAAAACCCGAGCUCACAAGCUGAGAAAGCGCGGCGAUUUCUCCAUCACGACCUACGCAGAUGUGAUGGAGUGGGCAUCGCCGAGGAUGUGCACAACGAAGGAGCCAUUCUUCCAGCAUAUGAUACUGGGUGCAACCGACGGAACGUACAAGCUCCACUUUGGUGGAUGGACGCUUGUUUCGUUUGGUACUUUCGGUGUUCGAUACACAGCGUCACACAAGUACCAGCACAAGUUUUAUCCGAUGGCAUUCAUGUUUGUGCGAACGGAGACGGCGUUUGCUUACGUGCGGCUCUUCACAUUUGAGGCGUUGUCGGAUCUCGUAACGGAGAACUGGGCGGCUAUGGGUGAACCCGAGUACGCGCAAUGGCUCGACGAUGAGUAUUUGACAGACCCAUGGAAUCUAUGGUUUUACGCCGCGAGCGGUACCCCUGGUGUGGUGCCAAACCAAACUCAGAUUGAAUCCCAUCACCGUGCGAUUAAGGCGACGGCGGUUGACCACCUUCGCGCUGCGACGGGCCAUGUACUUGCGGGAACCCUACCCAAGAUUUUGGUUGAGUGUGCAAUGGAUAUUGGCUCGGAUCGGAUUCGGCACCACGCAUCAGGACCCGUUAGCGCUGAAGUUCUCGGGGCGGCUGUGCAGCUCUGUGCAAGUGCCAAUCAUUACCCAAACCACCAGCGAAAGUCGCAACGCGCCAUCAACCGAAUUUAA